ACAGAAGAUUUAGCAGCAAUCAGAAGAUUUCUUCCUCCAGUCUGCACUGUCACAUUUCUUCUACCACUGAACUGAGAUGCCUGUAGAGAUUCGGUCAAUCAGGGACAGGACUGCAGUGGGCCGGUUUCCAACGGUCACUCUUGGAUUUGGGGAGGACCCAGAGGAAGAAAAAGAACAGCCAAAAGAGAAAGAUGUUCAGACAGACAAUGCAUGUCGGCAGUGGCUGCUAAAGGUCUGUCCGUACUGCUUUCGUGGGCCAAAUGAUGAUGACAUCACAGAUACUUUGGUCACUGGGAUUGAUGAGCUGGAUAAGGAAGACGGGAUAAAUGACGAGAAGCCUGUGACUGGUGACAGCGAGCUUGACGAACUCCUUCUCAAAGUGCAAUCAAUAGACCUGAUGAAGAGCAAAUCAGGGGAGAACCGCACGGAGCAUCACACAAAUCUCUACCAAAAUGAUAACUUAAUUAUCCGCAGAGGGCAAAAUUUCCAGAUGUGGAUUACCCUGUCUCGGCCGUUGAACCCCAACACUGACAAACUUCACCUUGAACUUAAAACAGGACCCCUGCCAACAGUGUCAAAGGGAACCCACGUAAUCAUCCCUUUAGUAGAGGAGUUGCAGGACGACCGUUGGGAGGCUGCUGUUGUGACACAGGAUAACAAAAGGAUAAAGCUGUCGGUGAAUUCUCCACCUACGGCGGUCAUUGGCCGAUAUCAACUCACAGUGGAAACAAGUUGCACAAAUGGCCAGGCCAUUUCCACGCAUGACCCUGCUAAUGACAUCUACAUGUUACUCAACCCCUGGUGUGAAGGUGACACAGUGUUCAUGGAUUCUGAAGUCGAGAGGCAGGAGUACGUCAUGAACGAUGUUGGGCGAAUCUACUAUGGCACAGAGAAUCAAAUUGGAGUGAGGACCUGGAACUAUGGACAAUUUGAUGAUGGGAUUCUAGCUGCCUGCCUCUUUGUCCUGGAAAAGAGUGGAACUCCUCCAUCUGGUUGGGGAGACCCGGUUAAUGUGGUGCGAAUCAUCUCAGCCAUGAUCAACUCCCCUGAUGACCGUGGUGUCGUGGUGGGAAACUGGUCAGGAGACUAUUCAAGUGGGACUAGUCCAACAGUAUGGAGUGGAAGUGUGGAAAUCCUGAAAGAAUACCAUAAAAAGAGCGGCACCCCCAUUAAGUAUGGCCAGUGCUGGGUCUUUGCUGGCAUAGUCACAACAGUGUUACGCUGUUUGGGCGUCCCCAGUCGCACUGUGACCAACUUCAGCUCAGCUCAUGACACAGACAUCUCCUUGACAACAGAUGUAUACUUGGACGAGAACCUGGAGCCUAUACUUUACCUCAAUGCCGACUCUAUCUGGAACUUCCAUGUGUGGAACGACUGCUGGAUGGCUCGUCCAGACCUGCCUGCAGGCAAUGGCGGCUGGCAGGCUGUGGACGCCACGCCUCAGGAGACCAGCCAGGGCACCUUCCGCUGCGGCCCUGCUUCUCUUGCUGCUGUCCGCAACGGUCAGGUCUACCUCAAACAUGACUGUCCGUUUGUGUUUGCUGAGGUAAACAGUGAUAAAAUCUACUGGCAGCGGAAUGCAGAUGGGACCUUCAGUCAAAUCUACAGUGAGACAAAGACUGUGGGCCACAACAUCAGCACCAAGGCCGUUGGCUCUGAUGAACGCAGUGACAUCACACACCUUUACAAACAUCCUGAAGGCUCAGAGGAGGAACGCAUUGCGGUGGAAACAGCAUGUCGCUACGGCUCCAAAGCAGAGGCCUAUUCGUCUCCCACAGCAGAGGACGUCACUGUGAAAGUGACCCUGGAUGGUGAAGGCCAUACAAUGGGAAGGGAUGCAGAGCUGACCAUCACGUUGCGAAACAGCAGCUCAGAGCAACGCACAGUCACCCUGCACAGCCAGGCGGCAGUAAUGUACUACACUGGUGUCCACAAGGCCACAGUCAGAAAGGACAGGACAGACCUGGACGUGCUGCCCAACGAGGUUAAAGUUUUGGAGUGGUCCCUGGAGUACAAAGACUACAAGGACCAGCUGAUAGAUCAGGCCGCCCUGAUGCUGACACUGUCUGGCAGGGUCAAGGAAACACAGCAGAUCCUGGCCACUCAGUUCAGUUUCCGACUCAGUACCCCAGACCUCAUCAUAAAGCCCCUUGGGAAGGCUGUGGUAGGAGAGAGGAUGGCAGUAGAGAUUUCAUUUGUGAACCCGCUACCACAGGUGCUGAAAGCAGUGAUAUUCCACGUGGAAGGACUAGGCCUCCUAACUGCUCGAAAGAUUAAUUAUGGAGAUAUUGGCAGCCAUGCCUCCGUGUCUCUCACUGAGCACUUUGUCCCCUCCCUGCCUGGACCAAGGAAAUUACUGGCUUCACUAGACUGCAAGCAGCUCACUCAGGUUCAUGGUGUGACCAACAUCACUGUGGAGACAAAAAGCAACGCUGCUCUAUAGUGAUUCGAAAACAGAGGCACAUUCACACUGAAUGUUGUCAUUCCGUCCACACAGGCGCCGAUGUGUUGUACUGAGAGUACAUUUCCGUAUAAUUUAUAUUAAAAGCUUAUUUUUAAAUGUAAAAAAUUAUGACGCU